UGAAGGCGACGCGCACGCCGAGAAAAGUGCAAACUUGAAUUUCUUUGUUCCACCACCAAUUUUCCACCGCAAAAAUCUUUUUUUUUCUUUUUGCGUUAAAUUUCUUUAGCUUAACUUAAUUGAGCGAUGUUCGAUUGUUGAAAACGGUUUAAAAUCCCAAAUUUGCGAGAGCUUUCCCGCCAAAUGGUACGCCAUUUUGUUUUAAUGCAUCACUCUGAAUGCAUCAUAGCGGGCAUGGAGUGGACUACGAUGGAUCCUUGGAGUGGUAUAUUGCUUUGAUGACCACUACCAACUGAUAAGAGCGAGGAAUUCUAAUUGGGGUCGCGUUUUUUAAAAAGACUUUUCCUUAAAUCGUAUUUCCAGUGUUAAUAUACAGCUAUUGAUUUGGCGGCCAUAUUGGAUUUCUAGCACUAUGUCGACAGAAAGUGAAGCAGAAAGCGCCGCUGAAAAGCAGAAUGGAGAGAAUUUCAACGAUGAAAUGAAGGAUUAUGCAAAAAGCACAAUGAAUGAGUUAUUGGGCAUGUUUGGUUAUGAAGAAGAAAUAACAAGAGAAGCAGUAGAGGAACUUCAAAUCAGGUUACUUCCUGAUGAAGAUGAUGAACAAGAAAACAACAGUGCUCUUGUAAAGUCAACAGAGACAACAGAAACUGAGAGUGCUGAGCCUGUUGCUGUUACUCUUAAUCCCAAUGAGGCUCCAGUUGUGGUGCAAAUACCAGGUGAAGAAAAUAGUGGCAAUCCAAGUGUAGUGCCUUUGCCAGCUAUGAAAACUGAAGUAGUUCCUAUGUCCGAAGUGCCACAAGCCACAUCAGAGCUUUGUAGUUUACCAAGUGGUGCAAAUGAAAGUGCUAAAGCUGGAACCGCUUUGAGCAAGACAACACAAAAUAAAGCACCUACUUCUUGUGACCUGCCAAGACCAGAGGUGGAUGAGGGUGUACAGGUAACAUAUACAUCUUCACCAAGUAAGAAACCAGGACAGAAGUUUGGCUUGUGCAAAUGGUGCAAGAAAUCCAAUGUGUUGCAGAACUUUACAUCCAGUGAUGGCGAAAAGGAGAUCUCUUGCAAGGAUCUUUGCUCUGCAUUGUGCUUUGAACAGGCUGUAAAGAGCAUGAAGGAAAAUCAGUCCCACAUCAAUAACACUCAACAAAUGUCACCAACAAUUAAGUCUGUUUCAAAGAAGUCAGCACCAUCUGCUCCUAUGACUCGUUCAGCAACAAGGGGAAGUGUGGCGUCAGGCAAAACGAAAACCGAUGGAAGUACACCUAAGAAGAUUCCCCCCGCGCUAGGGUUUGUUCUGUUUUCCUGGGAUGAAUACCUCGCCAAGACAAAUUCUGAAGCGGCCCCUUGGGGUUAUUUUAGACAGGCUCAAGUACCUCCGUACAAUGGCUUUCAGUGCAGUAUGAAAUUAGAAGUGGCAGAUCCACGGAUAGUGGAUACCAUAUGUGUUGCUACUGUAGUUGGCAUAUUAGGACCAAGGAUCAGGUGUCGGUUUGACGGCACUGACAGUGCCAACGAUGUCUGGCACCUGGUGGACUCUAGAGAAAUCCACCCUGUAGGGUGGUGUGAGGGAAACGGAGGACGAUUGCAGCCUCCUGUUGGCUUUCACCUUGAUCCUGGGAAGUACUCAACUUUUUUGGCAAAGACCCUUGCCAGUGCGGAACUGGCUCCUGUUCGGCUGUUUAAACGGGAGCCGACAGCACCUAAAGAGAACAUGUUUAAGGUCGGCAUGAAGCUAGAAGCAUUGGAUCCUAAAAACCCUCUUCUCAUCUGUGUGGCUACUGUGGCCGAUGUCGACGGCGACAGAAUCCGCGUGGAUUUUGAUGGAUACCUUGGUUCAGAUUACUGGUGCAGAUACGACUCCAGGGAUAUAUUCCCAGUGGGUUGGUGUCACCUUAGUGGUCACCCUUUACAACCACCAGGUAAAACCAGGAAAGCGUUGAAAGUAAGUGGUAAGACAAAUGCUGUACCCGAAAAAUCUGUGAAGCCGGAAAAAGCUGCUAAGCUGGACAAAGCUGCUAAGUUGGAAAAGCCUGUUAAAACUGCCAGGCCGGAGAAACCUGAAAAACGUGAUAAGAAAAAAAUUAAGGUUACCUCGAGUGUUACACCUGCAACUGUGGCAACUUCUCCCGUCCCUACCCCUGUAGUGACAACACCAUCGUCUACUCGCUCAGGCUGCGAUUCUCCAUCUUCAUCCGGGAUAGAUCCUGAGGAUGGUGUCAAUCAUACAGUUCAAGUUUUUAUUAACCAUGCGUGCGAAGCUGGGCCCCACUUGAGUGCUGCCAAAGUAGCAGGGCUACCAACCUGUUUUCGAGGCACAGUGUUGAAUGUGACAAGAGACUGUAUUCAAUCUGUGGUGAACGCCGCCAUUGAACCCAGCGUCGUGUUUGGCUUUUUGAGAUCAGGAACUGGUCGCAUCAAGAUCACGGCUAAGGACGGGAAGCAGAUUUUGUCAUGUUACUUACAAGUUAUUGAUCGCGUGGCUGUGUUCUGGCGCGUGUUAGAGAAGUUCGCCGACAAUCUCCAGUGCUGUGAGAAUCUGCUUUGUGGAGAGCGCAUCACAGGACCAUGUCCGAAGUGUGGAAAGAGUGCGUUAAGACGAAACACGGUUUUGCCAGAGACACCAUCACUUACUGCAAAGAAGAGUACUGUUGGUUCAGUGAAAAGAAACGCAUAUAGUGAAUCCGAUCAACAACAGCAACCUAGCGCCAAACUUCCACGGAUUACUCUUGACGAUGAAGAUGCAAGCCAGUCUCCACAAGUCUGUUCAACUUCGCCUCCCAAAACUUGGUCAGUGUCAGAAGUUGUAAAGUUUAUAGAAAAUUCCGAACUGGCUGAACAUGCGGAAAUGUUUAGAAAACACGAAAUUGACGGGAAAGCUCUUCUUCUUCUAACUCGAGAAAUGAUUAUGUCUUACAUGGGCCUCAAACUCGGACCUGCUAUAAAACUAUUGUGCUUCAUUGAUGAACUGAAAAACAAGAAAUAUACGUAAACUCUAACGACUUCUAUAGGCACAAUACGGAAUCGCUGUCUUAUCGUGUGGUUUCCAAUGAAUGUGGUAUUUCUUAGUGAAGUCGCCGAGAAGUUUACACACGGCAGACCAUAAGUUGGGGAAAGUACACUCCUGUGCGAUGGACGAGGUUCUUGGAGAAGAAAGAAUCAACUUCUACCUUUCAAGGCAGUCAUUUACACUUGUUUUUGUUCCGGCGAAUAGGUUAUUUUAAAAUAUAUUUAAACUUUUUAAUUGUACGCGAGCAACUAGAUAUAUGUCAUUCGAUUCAAAACGUUCAUGUGAUCAAAUUGUAAUAAAUUGGAACUUCCAACGA